GCUGAACUUGUAUCACGUGACUAGAUCGCGCCCAUUUUGGACUAGAUAAACGUUGUUCAACGAUUAAGGUUAGUUUUGUACAGAAUUAACUUAAUAAUUAUCCUCCUUUUUAUAAUAUACUUUAUAAAUAUUUAUGUAGGACUUGUUCUUAUCGAUUAUUGUAAUAAAAAGUCGUUGCAAACUAAUAUUUAAGUAACUUUUCCCCUAACCGCCAUCAGCCAUCAUGUCUGAUCGAGGCCAUAAGUUUUUUUUAUUUCAGUUAAAUCUUAAUUAAAAGUUGAUUUUUAUCAUAUUAAACUAAUAUAAAUGAAUUUUUUAGUUCAAUUGCUCCACAGUCUGAAGUAAUGGCAGCCAACGUAUUGAAUGAAAAAAAUGGUCAAAAUGGAGAGAAUAUUGCCUUUGAGGUUAUUUUAAAACCGGCUACGCCGAAUGGACCUAGAAAGACGCCAAAGUCUUCUCCGCGACCUUUGUCUCAGGAAGAGAUCAAGAGGAAACUUUUGGAUGCUGCUGAUAGAAGAAAAUCCGUUGAGGCUGAGAAAUUGAAGAAAAUUCAAAAAUUACAAGAACGCGGAGAAGAGGCGAGAGAAAAGGUUCAAGAGUUGAACAAUUCUUUUCAAGCCGAAACUCAAAGGACAUUGGAAGCAAAAAUGGGCGCUCUGGAAGAAAACAGAAAUGCCCAAAUAUUAGCUCUACAAAACAAACUAAGAGAGAGAAUAAAGAAAGUUGAGGAUGUGCGACAAGCAUCCGAAAAAUACACAAAAGAAUUGGCGGAGCGUAUUGAAAAGAAAUUGGAAGUUUCUGAUGAAAAUCGAAAGAGCCAAAUGAAAAAUAUGUUGGAUAGAUUAAAGGAACAUGAAAAACAUGUUCAAGAAGUAUUGGAAACGAGUCAAUCCGUUGAACAGGAAAAAAAAGAAAAGAUGAUUCUAAAGAUGAACGAAGUUUUACAGAAUAAGAAUAAUUUGGUUCAGCAAAUGUUGGAUAAACUACGUGAUCAUGACAAAAGAGUUGAAGAGGUGCGUCAAAGAGUUAAAUUGUUGCGUUCAUUUUCCGAGGAGGAUAAUAAAGAGAAUAGCACAGAACAAACUGAAAAUGAAUAA